GAAAUGUCAUAAUAAAAAAAAAACUGAAGAUGAUAAAAAAAAUGUAUGUUAAACCAGCCCUAUAUUUAAAUUAAAAACAGGCACGUUCUGUUGUAAUUUCACAACUCGCGGUUUAGUUUAAUAAAAACUAAAAACGGUCUUAUAAAAAAUUUAUCGCAAUGACACCAAUCACAAAAAUGACCGAACAAAUUGGCCGCCGAAAAAUUGACAUAGACGAUCCCCGAUUCAGAAUAAAGCCGCAUCAACAAAUCGCCUCAGCGUGUACUGGAGGAAUAAUUACCUCAUUGAUAAUGACACCAUUGGAUGUUGUCAAGACUCGCAUACAAACGCAACAAAAGUUACUACUAUCUAACAAAUGCUUCCUCUACUGCAAUGGUCUUAUGGAUCAUCUUUGUCCAUGUGGACCAAAUUCUGCUCCAAUGAAAAAUCAUGUUCAUUUGAAUGGUACCAUUGACGCAGUUUUAAAAAUAAGUCGCUCUGAGGGUAUCAAGUCCCUUUGGUCUGGUCUCGGUCCAACUUUAGUAUCAGCCCUUCCAUCUACCGUUAUUUAUUUUGUUUCUUACGAACAAAUCAGAAAUCACACCAAAGACUGGCACAAUAAGUACAUUGGCACAUCAGGGAUGCCCGUUUAUGUGCCAUUAUUUUCAGGUGUAUUGUCGCGAAUCUUUGCCGUUACACUUGUUAGUCCACUUGAAUUAAUACGAACUAAAAUGCAAUCCCAAAAGAUGACAUACAAAGAAAUGACGACAGCUGUCCGUAGUAUGAUUAAUGCGGAAGGAGCCUUGGUGCUGUGGAAGGGUCUGCCUCCGACGAUUUAUCGGGAUGUUCCUUUUUCGGGUAUUUAUUGGUCGUGCUACGAAGCUCUCAAAUGGUACUACCAAGUGACAGAACCAACAUUUGGUUUUAGUUUUACUGCGGGAGCUUUAUCUGGAUCGAUUGCCGCUACAAUUACAACACCAUUCGAUUUAAUUAAAACCUACCAACAAAUAGAGUUUGGCGAACAAGUAAUCUAUACGGACAAACCACGCCAAAACAUUCCCAUUAAAACCACAACACAAAGACUCAAAGAAGUUUAUCGAGCUCAUGGUGUUCGCGGUUUAUUCGUAGGACUAGGACCGCGAUUAGCUAAAGUUGCGCCGGCUUGUGCAGUGAUGAUAUCAUCUUUCGAAUAUGGAAAAUCAUUUUUUUACAAUCUCAAUGUACACAGAUAUGACGAGAAAUUGCUAAUAAUGCAAAAUGUAAACAACCAUGCUAAAUAGUUAAAGAAAAAAAAUUGUUACAAAAAUUGUGAUGAGGUAUUACAAAUGUUAAUAUAGCUGUUGUUGAAAAAAAUAAAAUUAUUUUUGUUUUUUUGUUUAAGAACUUUAA